AUGGGCUUCCAAUUUUCCUCGGUUUGUUUACCGAUACUGCUGGCUGCCGUUUGCUCGGCCAACCAUCAACAUGCGAUCAGUCACAAGAGUCCAGGGCAGAUUACCUCGGAAUGUCAACAGUAUCUCCGAAGCCCGGAUAGUGAAUGUGAGCAUCGGUGUGGAUUCAUUCUGACCAGGAAUUGGGACACCUGUGUAGGAUCCGUCAAUGGACCGACGCCCUGGGAGCAGCAGUACGCUUACGAAAAGUGUCGGGAUCUGCGCAAAUCGGAAUGUAUGAUCGAACGGUUCCAGAACACCGGAAGUGAGGAUGUUUGUCAACGGGGAAAUGUGACUUUCGAUUGUCUUCAGGAGGAAAUUGGACCUCUGGACUUCAGCCAGGUGCACUUCGUAAGGAACUCCUGGUUGCACACCAAACAAAUCGUGAAGGACUGCGUUGACAUCCAUCAGAUUCCGGUUCAGGAUCUGCAGAGUAUCGCUGAUAAUGGAUUUGGCGGAUUUGAAGCCGGUCGUUGUUUGUUGCGGUGUUUCGCUCUACGAUCUGGAUACUUCCAGAAUAAUCAUGGACCGAAAUUGGACAGGUUGGAGACUCAGUUUGUGGGAAGCGUCCUGUUCCGAGAUCGUUAUCGACCAACUAAACAGCUCUGUUUGGCCGAUUUCGUUGAUCAAUGUUACGGAUGUGUGGUCCCUAACACUAACUGCACGAUUGUUUCCAACUUCAUUGGAAGCUGCUUUGCUGACGAUAUUCAAGCUGAUGCCAGCCGAGCAAUCUGGGAACAGGUUUAUGAGAGCUAG